CAAUCCUUGAUAUGUUACUCCUCGUAGUUUGAUUACGUCGUCAUCAUCAGUAAGUGUACAAUACGUUUUGUAUCACUCUUGAUCUUUUAUCAAAUUAGUGCUUCACUUUUCUGAAAUUUGGUUUUACUUAGCCAAAUUACGCUAUAUUCUGGUAGCCGAUCGCAUUCACUGCAAUUUCGUCUUCAACUCCAUUUGUCCUCAUUGUAAAUCACCAAACAAUAUGUUGGUGCUCUGAAUACAUGCAGUAUAUGUUCAUGCUUUUGUUUCUGUUAUGACGUAACACAAUGAAGUAGAAUUUAACUUCCAACCUUUGAACACCCUCACUUCGAGGUGUGUGAUUUGUCAUACGAACACUACUAGAUCCUGGACUGUCGAUGAACCCAGAUACUUCGACGCAUAUGCAACCUGAUAGUGGUUCAGAAAAGUUAAGACCGGAUACUUUUAUGAAUAGGCCAGGUCAUGGAAGUUUGGAAAUGAAUAAAGAGGCGUCGCAAACAAGUGCUUUAAUCCAAAAUUCCGUAUCCACAGUGCCAGGUUCACAGAACCAAUUACCUGUUCCAAUACUGUUGCCCAUAUGUGAUACCGACAACUCCAGCAGUGGACAGUUUGAGUAUAUAAAUGCACCAGGUUAUUCCAUGUCAUCUUGCCGUGAUAUGACCUCAUGGGCACUACAGCAAUCUUCUAAGCAGUAUAAUGCAUAUCCUCGUAUUGCACAGUUUUUAGUUCCUCAUUCUGCUAACCAGUUAGGCUCCGUGGGACAGUAUAAAGGUCAAUCAUCUGCGUUAAAUUUCCAUUCCGGUACAACCAUGACAGGAGCUGACAACGCACGGUCAGGUGAGAUACGUAAUGUAACGGUAUUAUCGGUACCGCGCCAGACUCAUCUACCAAAUUACCUCAUACGUCAAACUGCAAAUGUGACAGAGUCUUACUCUGCUUCGCUUCCAGUGCCUCGAACUAGUAAUACUAAUCAACCUCUUAAUUUCGCUGUCGCAGCAGCUUUAGCAUCCCUGGGUGCCAAUACUAGUAGUAGUGUUAAUCAGCAACAGCGCGCGCAUCAGCCACAUUAUUUUUCCAAUGAGCUACUAACGAAUUCUUCGAACAUUAGUCAGAUUGGCGUAAACUCGCAGCGACCGUCGAAUCCCUUGCUAGAUCACUUCCACGCGGUGGCUGCAAUGUCAACUGUUGCUCAGCACCACAGGUUAUCUCCUGUCUAUUUUCCAAAUUCAAUUAAUCAAACUAAUCCUUUCAAUAUGUCCCCCCCGGUACCACUGCCUAUGUACUACGCCACGCCGCAAUUGCCUUUACAAGCCCCACUUCAACGGAACCCUUUUCAGCGCCUACAACAAAAUGCUUUAUAUCCCAUGCAAACUUAUACUCAUCAGUCGAUACAUAAUGUUGGAAGCCAUGAACCAUCGGAGAUAAUGAAGUCUGACAGUAAACGUGGCUUGCAAGUGUCAAACCUUACACAGCAUACGAACAACUUUAUUUAUCCUUUACUGCUGCAGCCACCUGUACAUAUACAACAGAACAAGUCACCUACAACAAACCUGAACGUUACAGGGCUUCGAAUUCAUUAUUCUUCUCAGUCGACAAAAGGGUCUUUCAACCCAGUGGAAAUAGCUCCUGUUCCUAUUACCUUUGCAGUUAUUAACACAAACGGAAACAUAUCAAAUACCGACACUUCUGUAUCGAAAGGGAUAUCAACAUCUUCCACAUAUUCUGAGUCAAAGAUCAGCUUCCCUAUUACAAGCGCAACAGUAACUGAUUUGACUGGAAAUGCAUCUUUUAAAAUUGAAAACCACUCAUCAGACAGUGGAGCUGCUGUUUCGCUAGCAGCAGUUUCAUCCGCUGAAAAUCCUGGGUGUACAAUCACCAGCGAUAACCAUGCAGACAAAACUCUCAAACCGAUUGACAAAGCAACCUCACCCGGUUCUGUUCAUGAUUCUGAGGAUUCAGUUAGUUCCGGAAUAGGUGAUAUGACCGCCACCAGUACAGGUGACAACGAUAGCCGAAAUAAUUCAUCAUGUACGCUAACUGAGGUGACUCACAAUCCAAAUUGUGGCUAUUUACGAAAUAAAUGCUUAACACAAGUUAAGGAGAAAACAACUGGUACGUGA